AUGUGCGAAGCCGAAGAGAUGUCGGAUUUAGCACCCGCGCGUAUUAUCUAUUCACCAAAUAAGGGCACAUACAAACACGUACGUGCUCUGGCAAUCCCCCCGGCCAGUGCUGUAAUUUCGCACGACGAUCAUGAGAGUGAUUGGUCCGGUCAAAAAGAUGAGAACAAACAGGAAGAAGACUUGCAUACGCGAACGUAUGAUACUGAGCCUAUCGAACAACCAUAUAAACCAUAUACAUACAAUAACAACGAUGAAACAAUAGAGUUAACACACGAACACACAUACGAUCGGACUGAUACAGAUAGUGUCAGGGCCACAGCCAGUAAUGACGAGGUCGAUGGUAGCGAUGGCGUUGGUGGAAUGGCGGGUAGCACUUCUUGCAGAAAUAGACCUUUACCACCCUUACCAAUACCAGCCAACAAACAUAUCGUCGUGCAUGCCGAGAUGUUCGGAACUGUGCCUCUGCCGAGUGACGAGGAGUACGACAACUCACAGUUACAGGCCGAUGGCAGUAGUGCCAGUGAGAGUGGACUAGACCUGCAUGAGCUUCCCGGUGCACCGGUCGAUGUGUUUGUAAGUCUCUCAGAAGCAGAGUCUACGGAUACAAACACUGCAGUGUGGAAUGCAACAGGACAUCGUGUGGACUCCGAUCUGUCUGUAGACGAUCUAGAUAUUCUCGAGUUCUCAGACGAUCUGGAUCUCCCGGAAAUACCAGAGAUCUUAUCUGAUGGCCAUGAUGUGGAGGACUGCUGUGAUGUUAAUGAUUUGAUGGGUAUGUGGAUGGGUUGA